AUGCUGGUUUUUCAGCGAUUGCGUCGGCUUUAUAUACUAGCAAUUACACUCUUGUUUUGCAUCAUUUUCAUACAGUUUAUCCCAUACUUUGGAACCGGCCUUGGUACUAGCCCAUUAACUUGCCGGCUCUCUGCUACGCCACCUCACAUACCGUCCUCCCAUGCCUCCAACAACUGCCCGCUUUUAUCGACUUCACGCCCGCAGGCAGACUCCUCUGAUACAAAGUUAGCAUCAGCCUUGUCGCCAGCAGAACUUCUUUGUCGCUCGCCAAAGUCUUUACAGGGGGGGAUUCCGAAGCUGCUUCACCAAAGCUGGAAAUCGACAGAAUUACCUGCUAAGUUUAAAAAAUGGAGCAAUACGUGUCGCAGGCAGCACCCUGAUUGGGAAUGGGUUCUAUGGACCGAUGAAGAUAACCUCCAGCUUGUCAAGCAAUACUUCCCGUGGCUCGAGGAUACUUUUCUAAGUCUCCCCGGGAAUAUCUACAGAGCAGAUUUGGCACGGAAUCUUUAUAUGUAUCUUUUUGGGGGCGUUUACGCCGAUUUGGACACCGAAUGUCUGCGCCCUACACUCAGUGGUCUUGCAUCCCAGAACAUUUCUUUGCCCGAUCAACACAGCAAAACUUUUGGCGAUGAAGCUUCCAUGGCACGAGUUGCGCUGUUUGGUCGCAUGGGGUCUGAUCCAACUUUCGAUCACAGCAUACCCAAUGCAUGGAUGGCCGCCUCAGCUGGACAUCCUUUCUUCCUAUUCCCUAUGAGCUCUGCGCAAGCAGAGAUACAAAAGAGCAGGCGCAUUCUACACAGCUGGUGGUACGAUUACCCCUCGGCAGAGCAGUUGACUGGUCCUAUUGCUCUGCGUAAAAAUGUAAAACAAUAUGAAUCUUGUGGUGACGCAGCGAACACGAUAAUUGUAUUGCCCGACAGUAUGGUAUACCCUUUCAAUUGGAACACCGAAGAAGAUGUGCGGUCUCCGUGUUCAGCAGAGAAAGAGACAUUCAAUGAAACUCAGUGUAAAAAUGUGUUGGGAGUUGACCUAAAAGGCAGCAUUUCCAUAACAUACUGGUCGCAUACUCACAGAGGCAAGGGCUCAGACAUGGAAAAUAUAGAACGCAUUAGCCAAGACAAAUAA